GCUCAUAGUUAAAAAAAAUAAUACUGCUGUAGCUUAUUUCUUUUGAUCCAACUAUGGCUUAUGUUAAGCUUGUUCCUUUGGUUGUCACAUUUUUAAUGUUUUCGAUGAAGAACGUAGAAGCGGAUUGUUCGGGUGUAUGUUCGCCAUUUCAGAUUCCACCAUGCGGCUAUCCAGAUGAUUGUCGGUGUAUUCCAUGGGGACUAUUUGUGGGUCAGUGUAUCUAUCCAAUUCAUUCUAAACCAAUUGUAAAGAUGGUUGAAGAACACCCCUACUUAUGUCAAUCUCAUGGCGAUUGUGUUAAGAAGAGCAAUGGAAACUUCUGCGGUAGUUAUCCUAAUUCUAAAAUCCCAUAUGGGUGGUGUUUUUCCUCCAAAACUAAGGCUGAACACUUUUUCACUAUUGGCUCUAAGCUUGCAGUAAAAGAGCUCUUCAAUAUUAGCUCUAACUCUAAAGCAAAAGACUUUCUGAAGAUGGCUGUGGAAAUUUCCACUUAAAUGUCCAACAAAAAAGAUCAUGCAUAUACUAUUUUGAAUAAUCAGUCUUUGUUUCCAACUCAUCAAUUGGAUUUCUUAGAUAUCCAUAUCAAAUAAAAUAAAUGAUGUAUGUGCAUGGGUGUGCUAUGUAAUAUAUAUGUUUGUAAUAUAUAUGCUGUU